GGGGGGGGCCUCAUCCCCGCCUCCGGCAGCCCCGGCGGGCCCCAGGAGCAAGGAGCCGGCUACAACAGCGAGGACGAGUACGAGACGGCGGCCAGGGAGCAGCUCCAGGACCCGGCCAAGGUGGAGCAGGAGCACUGGUUCGAGAAGGCCCUCAGCGAGAAAAAAGGCUUCGUCAUCAAGAAGAUGAAGGAGGACGGUGCCUGCCUUUUCCGAGCAGUCGCCGACCAGGUAUACGGCGAUCAAGACAUGCACGAUGUGGUCAGGAAGCACUGCAUGGAUUACCUGGUGAAGAACGCCGACUACUUCUCCAACUACGUGACCGAAGACUUCAGCACCUACAUCAACCGCAAGCGGAUGAGCAGCUGCCAUGGCAACCACAUCGAGAUGCAGGCCAUGGCGGAGAUGUACAACCGGCCUGUCGAGGUGUACCAGUACAGCAUGGCCGGGGAGGAGAAUCUCGAGCCAAUAAACACGUUUCACGGCAUUCACCAGACGGAGGACGAGCCCAUCCGGGUGAGCUACCACCGCAACAUCCACUACAAUUCCGUGGUCAACCCCAACAAGGCCACCAUCGGGGUGGGCCUCGGCCUCCCAGCCUUCAAACCCGGCUCGGCAGACCAGUCGCUGAUGAAGAACGCCAUCAAAACCUCAGAGGAGUCGUGGAUUGAGCAGCAGAUGCUGGAAGACAAAAAGCGGGCCACGGACUGGGAGGCCACGAACGAGGCUAUCGAGGAACAGGUGGCCCGAGAGUCAUACCUGCAGUGGCUGCGUGACCAGGAGAAACAGGCCCGACAGCCCCGCAAAGCCUCUGCCACGUGUAGCUCUGCAACAGCUGCAGCGAGCAGCGGGUUGGAAGAGUGGAGCGGGCGCUCGCCCAGGCAGCGGAGCCUGGCCUCGUCGCCGGAACAUUCCGACCUCCACGCGGAUGCCGCCGUGAAGCCCCCGUCGCCCGGCAGUGCCGCGGCGCUUGUCCUAGCGAAGCCCCCCUCGCCCUGCGCACCAGGUACAAGUAAUCAGAUGAUUGGCGAGCGAGCGAUGUCUCCGGCAGUCUCGUUCUGUCCCGCCAUUGACUGCCGGGCGAUCAUGCAGCAGAUGUCGCCCACCGCGUUCGGCCUGGCUGACUGGGAAGACGAUGAAAUUCUCGCCUCGGUACUGGCUGUGUCCCAGCAGGAAUACCUGGACAGUAUGAAGAUGGGCAGGGACUCAUACAGAGAGCCUUCCCCAGACAACAGCUGAUGGACAGCUUCCUCUACCCUCACCUCCACCCUACCCGCCCCAGCUCUCCAGUCCUGCCCUGUUGUCACAUGGACUUCAUUCAGUACUCUGCGAACCCCUGUCCCCAGCCAUUCCCCUUCCAGUGCUAGACACACACACAGACUCUUUUGUUUGUUUCUCGAAUUACAUGCAUGUAUGGAACUUAAAUAACAAAAAUGAUGAGAUGUAAUAAUGUUGCACCCACCAUAAUACUGACGUUCAGUCUUAGACAAUAUAAUUUUUUUUUGUUUA